UAUGCAAAUAUAAUACAAAAAAAAUGCAAAUAGGUCGAGAUUCCUUAUAAUGAUUUGUUAUACAAUGGUGAGAUUGGGCAUCCGGAGCCAUUCUCUCGCAUCAUUUUCACAGAUCACAUAUCGGAACCCUGUUCUAAAAAUCAACCCAUUCGGUCUCCUUGUAGGAAUGCAAUUAUAGGGACCGGUACAACUGGGGGUUGAGAAAAAUGGGCGGAACUAAGGGAGCGGUCCUUGAGGGUUAUCUGUCGGCAACCAAUUCCCUCCGCCUCCAGUCAAGGCGAUCCCUCCGGUCGCUGAUCGCUCUGCGGGAUCCCCGGCGCAGUGCAUGCAGCAAAGCGGACCCUGCGGACUCCCGGGAUCACGCCAGGUGGACGAUCCAGAAAGAGCAGGACGGCGGACAGCUGUUUUUAUUUACUGUGUAAAUCGGGCUGAUCAUGUCGGAGUCAGGGGUGACACCACAGGGUGACAGGAGGCAGGACCAUAUCGUCAACGCCGACGGACAGCGCCUUUUCUGCCGCUCCUGGGUACCGGAGGUACCCCCGAGAGGUCUGUUGUUUGUGGCCCAUGGAGUAGGGGAGCACUGCGGGAGGUACAGCUCUCUGGCCCAGAGCCUCAGCCGAAGGGGCCUGAUGGUCUUCGCACAUGACCACGGUGACGGUGGGGCCAUUUGUAUCCUCUGUGCGUGUGAGAGACCCAGUGAUUUCACUGGAGUAGUACUGAUUUCGCCCAUGGUACAACUCAACCCGGAAUCAGCAUCACCAUUUAAGGUGUUUAUGGCAAAGCUCCUGAACCAUGUGCUUCCAAGCCUAAGUCUGGGUUCAAUUGAUUCCAAGUGGAUCUCUCGUGACCAGAAAGAAGUGGAAUCGUAUGACAAAGACGAGUUGAACCACCACGGCGGUCUGAGCGUUGCAUUUGCUAUGCAGCUGGUGGGGGCUGCCAGGCUCAUUGAGAGGGCAAUCCCCACUGUGACCUGGCCCUUUCUGCUCCUCCACGGUGAUGCGGAUAAGCUGUGUAACAUCAGCGGCUCCCACAUGAUGCUGGAGAAAGCUCAGAGCACAGACAAGCAGCUGAAGGUUUAUAGUGGAGCUUACCAUGCGCUGCAUCGCGAGCUGCCAGAGACGACAGACUCCGUGCUGAGGGACAUCGGCGAUUGGGUCGUGGGGCGAAUCCCAGACCAGGCUGCAUCCGGCUCCUAAGUCCCCCAUUUACUCCCGCCCCCCACCCUAGUUCGUGUACGUCCUGCUGUUCUACCAUUGUAACACCCGCCACACAAUCUGUGCCCCCCUCCCCCGCCAUGUUGUGGGCAUUGGCUGUGUUCGUCACCACUAAUCAGUCCUGGCCACCAAGUUGUGUGAUUACUCAGUACUUCCGAGACACACAUUUACCAGUUCAUCGUUCCUUAGCGAUAUGCAUGACUGGUGGUCUAAGGGGUUUUACAUGAAUGGUACAGGAUUUCCUUUACGUGACAUGAGUGUCAUUUUUCAUUAGAAUGUCAACCAUGUGAGAGGCAUUAUUUUACCGCAAACUGAUUUAUCAUUACUCAAAGGUGUACAGUGUUUUUUUAAAUAAAUUUACAAGUUGUAGCAAUGUAAUAAUGACAGAUCAUACGUUCAAAUGUAUUACUGACCAUGUAAUCAUUUGCUAGCACACAGAAUCCUUCCUCACUGUCAUCUUUCGGCACUGCUUUUGUUACCAAUUACCAUUUUCAGUAAAUAACCGCAACACACAACCACAGAAACCUCUAGAGUAGCUGACUUAGAAAAAAUAUCAUAUGGUAACAACCUGACAGAAUGAAAAUCCCAGAAACACCCACCCUAACAUCCUGCAUUUAUAAUGUUUGUAUUUUCAUGGUUUGGAAUACCUAUUUGUUUUACAUAUUUAUUAUAUUAACAAAAUGUAUGUAUAGUACUUGUAUUUAAACGAUUUAACCAUUUGUAUUUUAAAACAUAAAUAAAUCUGU